UUUCUCCUCCUUACGCUCAUCUCCUACCCGAAACCAUUGACGAAGGGUUUGGUGUAUGAGAUGAGCUUCCUUCUGAGGACUUUGACGACGAAGAGGGAAGUGGACACGGUGAUCAGGGACACGCUCGAUAAGGUUCUUGUCCUCCGCUUUGGCCGCGCCUCCGAGCCCGUUUGUCUGCAGCUCGACGACAUACUCGCAAAGUCUUCUCAAGAGAUUAGUAAAUUUGCAAUUAUAGCUUUAGUAGCUAUUGAUGCUGAGGAGGUUCAAGUUUAUGCCAAAUAUUUUGAUAUUGUACUAAUUCCUUCGACUGUGUUUUUCUUCAAUGCACAUCACAUGAAGAUGGACUCAGGGACUGCUGAUCACACAAAAUGGGUGGGCUCUUUUCAUUGCAAGCAAGAUUUCAUAGACGUGGUAGAGGCCAUAUUUAGAGGAGCCAUGAAAGGUAAGCUAAUUGUUAACUGUCCUCUCCCUCCAGAGAAAAUAACAAGAUUUCAGCUCAUUUUCAAGGAUCUGUAGUUAUAAUCUCGUGUACUACUUGUACAUCCACAUGUUCAGGCACUAAGUUUCUAUAUAAAUUUGAUAGUUUCAGUUCCAGGUUGCAUUUGAAAAACUCAUUAGAUGUAAUUGACUAUUAUUUAAACUGUAUUGGUGAACUGUGCACUAAAUUGUUAUGGGAUUUAGACUUUAAGACGAUGGGUAGGGGCGUCCAUUAUUUGGUCAAAACCGAAAAACCGAACC